GGGGGGGGGGGAACUUGAUCGAAAGUGCCCUUUUGGUCCCACUGGAGUUACCAGGCGCCUGCCGUUCAAAGCAUGGAGGGCCCGAGCCGAAGCGCUGGAUUCCGGCAGAGCCGCCGGUCCCGCUCACAGCGCGACAGGGAGCGGCGGAGGAGGAGAGUGGACCGGGCCGAGCAGCGGGCCACGUCCCUGUCCUCCGGCUCCGAUCGGGAGGCUCUCGGGACGAACAGUGUGCUGGGUCCCGGGGGGAGAGAGUGCCGGCCCGCUGUCGGGAGACACAAGCCUCCGCGCCGGAGGAAGAGGGAGUCGGUGUCCUGCGAGGAGGACAUCAUCGAUGGCUUCGCCAUUGCGAGCUUCGUCAGCCUGGAGGCUUUGGAGAUGGACUGCUCCCUGAAGCCCAGUCAGCGCACUGACAUGCUGGGAAGGAGGAACAAGGGGAAGAGGGGGCUGGAGGAGAACGGCGGAGGGCCGCUGUCGGAGCCGGAGGAAGGAGCCCCGCACAGCUACUCCAGCAGCUGUUGGAACAAGAGUAAAAAUAAGAGGAGGAAGAUUGAGGGACACCCUAUGGAGACCGGCUACAUCUGUGACACUGAGAGUGAUACAGGAGAUAAGGCCUCCGACAACGACAUGGACCCGGUCUUCACAGUCAGUACGAGGAAAGUCGCGGAGCCUGCCCCCUCAAACAUGGCCACGUCCAUCGGAAAAAUUUGCCCGCCACUUCCGGCCCGCUGCGGCGGCGUCUCGCGGCUGAUGGUGACGCCGAGAGUCUCCGGCCUGGAGCGAAGCCAAGAGAAAAACCUGGAGCAGCAUUUCCCGGAGCCCGUUUCUUCUUCUACCUCUUCUGCCCCCUUCUCUUGCCUGCCUUCCUCGGUCACUGCCUCGGGCGCCGCGCCGCGCUCCGGCCCGUUCAACGGCAACGGCGGCCGCCACCACCACAAUGUCAGCCCGCCGCUUUCCAAGCCCAAACCCUUCCUCACUCUGCCGGGACGAUCCCACUCCAUCUACAACAACAUCAUCAACAGGAACAUCACGCCGGUCAAACCUCCAUCGGCUUCGUCCGUCGCGUCUUCCUCUUCCGCCAUGCGCCCCCCGACUCCUUCCACUAGCGUGUCGCUGCCCUACUUCAGAACCUCGGGAUCCUCAGGGCCCCUUCGACCCCCCUCCCGGGCCGGCGCCGGGGCCUUGUUCGCUUCCUCGCCCGGCCUUCCUCCCCCGCCACCUCUGCUGCAAGGCUCCGGCCACUCGACCGCCGCAGACCAAGAAUUUAUGCGACAGAACUUAAACUCCCACUUCUUGAAUUCACAAGAGCGCGAGGGCCGACGCAGCGCCCCGGGGGCCGAGAGCGGCAACAACAACGGCAACGGCAACGGCGGCAACGCGGCGGCCACGGGGCGCUCCACCCCCGGCGGUCAGCCGGCAUCAAACUCCGGACCCGGUUCGUCCGGCCGGUCGUCCCAGAACCAACCGAGCAUCCCGCCCAUGGCCUUCCAGUUCCAUCAGCACAACCACCAGCACCAACACACUCACACGCACCAACACUUCACGCCCUUCCUGCACCCCACGGCCAGCGCGCCGCCGCUGUUUGAUAAGUAUCCAGGCAAAAUGGACGGACUGUACCGACACCCCUUCUUCCCACAGUACCCACCGCCCUCAGUGCCCAGUAUCCAGCCGGUGAUUCCUCCCACUGGGCCUUUCAGCUCUUUGCAGGGAGCCUUUCAGCCAAAGGGAGCCGGUCCUGAUCUCAACGGACGACUCGGGGUUGUGCCUCCCCAUCUGCAGCCCAAAGACCCCCGGUUAACUGAUCCAUUUGGGACAUCGUUGAGAUUCAGUAAUAAACCAGGAAAGUGGUGUGCUAUGCAUGUGUAUGUGGCCUGGAUGAUUCUGAGCCAUCAGAAGAAAGUGAAGCUUAUGCGCGCCGAUCCUCAGAAGUUGGACUUCCGCAAUGACCUGCUGGCCCGUCUUCCCGGAGCCGGAGGGCUGGGGCCGAUGGGAGCCGCCAUUCCGCCCUCUCACGACAUCACCAGACCUCCCAGUCUGUUCUCAGCUGCAGGGCCAGUCAAUCCGUCCUCCUCCCCUUUCAUAUCUCCAUCGACGCCCCACUCCUCUUUCCUCCCACCAACGGCACACUUGGAUCCAUACGGCCGAUCCCCCCCCUUCACUCCUCUGGGGGCCCUUGGUUCUGGUGCCUUUGGAGGACUCGGAAGCCCAACACUGGCAGGAUCUGUGUUUGGCCCUAAAGAUCCACCAGUCGGUGUGGUGGGGGGCUUGCCCACCCCCAACCACCACGACCCGUGGAACCGCCUGCACGGCGGGCCGUCCGGCUUCGCUCCCGGCCCCAGCUGGGCCAAAGGGGCGGACAAGCGGGACGAGCGGGACCGAGCGAAGGACAUGGAGAGGAGAGACAUCCCCCACAUCAAGGAUGAGAAGGACCGAGACAACAUGCUGUAUGGCCGACAACCUGUGAGAAUGUCUCCAGUGGCCCCCGCCUUCAAGCCCCGCAGUAGCACCCCGGUCUCCCACAUCAACGGCCACAGCAGCAGCAGCAGCAGCCUGGGGGGGGGAGGCGGCGGCGGCGUCGGGCCGAUCGAGGACCUGACGCGCAGCCUGACCCGAGACAGAGACAGAGACAGAGAGCGGGACGGGGACAAGAGGACGCCACAGCCCGCGGCGUCCUCGCGCGGACCCCCCUCGUCUCUGGUAGCCGACCGGGACAGGCCGCGGUCUUCUUCGUCCUCCGUGCUCACCACCCCGCCGCCCGCCAACCGCACGGCGCCGUCUCCCAUGGAGCAUUACCCGCGGCCCGUCGGGCCGACGGGGCACGGCCCCCACGGCGAACCCUCGCACCUGCAGAGAGACGGGAGUCUGGCUUCUUCGUCCUCCGCGGCGUCCGCGGCCUCUCUGUCUCAGGCCAAGAAGUCCGACCGGACCGCCACGCCAGUCUCCUCCAAGCCGCUGCUCCUCCCGCCGGUUAAGGUGAAGGAGGAGCGCAAGGAGGAGCCGGAGCACAUCCCCAUCACCCUGCCCCCCCCGGCACCCAACCACAGCUUUGAGCGCCCCAACAGCCACCCGCACCACCAUCGCUCCGGCACCCCUUCCUCUUCCUCUCUGUCGCUGACUCCCACCCCGGGUGUGCCCCACAUGCCCCCCAACCCGCCUUCCCACCAGCACCUGGCCCUGCUGGACCGCUCCCGGGCCAUGGACGCGUAUCUGGGGAGCGCGGGUGCCGCGGGUCUGAUGAUGGGUCCGGGAGGAGAGCGUUUCCACCAUGGCCCGGGACAGGGACCGUCCCAGGGUCCGCACAGCUACACCUGGGACCCCUGGAGGGAGCUGGCGGCCCAGCAGCAGCAUCAGCACCGCAGGGAGGCCAUGGCGCUUCGGUCCGACCCCCACCUGGCCCUGCGGAGCGACCCGCAUCUGGCCCGGCUGCUCCAGCAUCAGCAGCGCCUUAUGGAGGCGGAGAGGGCGGCGGCGUCCAACCCUCACCACCCUCAGACGUCUACCUCUUCCGCCUCCGCCGUCCGCCACGAGUUCGGCCUCAUGGCCCACCACUUUGACCGCGGCCACCACCUCGGACCCCCGGGGGGAGGGCUCAUCGACGAGGAGCAGCGCGCCCAGAUCCUGAGGGAAGACUUUGAGCGCGCUCGCUACUUCGGCAUGCACCCGCACAUCCCUCACGGCGCUCACCUCUCGGGCCCCUCCCACGCCGCCACCGCCGCGCACCUGGAGCAGCUCCACCCCGGCCUGCUCGCGCACUCGCUGCACCACGGGGCCUCCCCGGCCGCCCAGCACCACGCCGGCCUCUUCGCCCGCCUCGGCCAGCUGAACCCGCACCACGUUCCCAACGGCAUCCUGGCCAAGACCCCCUCGGGCUUGGUGGGUGCCCUGGCGGUGGGGGCGCCGCCUCCCCUCAUUCCGUCCAUCACCAGCCGGUCGUCCACGCCGCCGCGGAGACUCGGCGGGCCCGGUGAUCUGGCGGCUCUGUACAGCGCCCACAAGGAUGGAGAGUCCAGAUAGUACAGGGACAACAGUGGAGGAGAUGAAGGGAAAUGUCAGGAUCACUGUGCUGCUCUCCACCUGCCCCCCCCCUCCCCCCACCCCUCCCCUUCCAGUUGCACCACACACUCCCUGUGACUGGCUCGAGGUGCCGGAUGGGAGGAAAAUGCAAGUCUCAUUAGAGUGACUUUGUGCAGCGGUUCUCGAUCAGUUUAAAGGUACACGGCCUCCGUGCAUCCUGUGUGUAUUUCCAUGUUGCUGUCGGUUACCGCGGUAAUUAACAUUUUCAGAUCCACCUUUUUCUGCUCAGCGAGUCGGGGUGGAGGGGGGUGGAGGGGGGGGGUUGAUGACUUCCAAGAGGGACGGGCACUGUGAAAGCACGCAUCCCCCCCCCCCCUCCCCAAAUUAGGUGUUGUGGACCCUCGUCUGUAUUUUUAUUUUAGUUUUUUUUGAAAUGGUGCUUUCUUGUCUUUUUUGUGUCUUUCCUUAAUAUCCUUGUCACGGUAGGAAAAGGACGGCUUACCGAUGAGACCACACCUCAUUUUCCUGCUUCACCCCAAAAGUCCCAUCGCUCGGCUUCACUGAUAGAGAUUAAACCAUUCAAUUUUUUUUUUUCCUUUUCAUUUUCAGAGGAUGAAUGGUGGUGAAAUGAACUGUGCUACACUGUGAGGGUGACCAUGGUGGCGUUUUUUUUUUUUAAAGAGCUUCCGGUUACCGUCUGCCACUCUCCUCUUGACUAUACGAGCAGGACCACAUUAUAGUAGUCUAGAGAAAUUGCCUUUGUAAUUAUUAUUCUCAACAUUAAUUAUCUUCUAUAAUAAUAAAUAUAUUCACUGUUAUGUUAUUUGUAUUUGUUUCGGGUAUGAACCAGUACUCUCUCUCUCUCUCCCAGGUAGUAGUUUCAAAUCACACAAGAGGCUUGCGUCACUAAGGUUUUUAGUACUGGACAUGAAGCUGUCUCUUCAAGAGUGCGUGCCUGCCUGCGUGCGUCAUUGGUUGUGUGUUCUAUCCAUUUUGGGGACUAUUUAGAGCCUUGUACAUUGAAUUGUUGAGUUGUUUCAUCAAAAAAAAAAAAGUAAGUUAUAUACGGGGAUGAAUGAGACAUCUGCUGAAGAAUGGAGGAAAAAAAGGAUAUGAGGACUUGUGUCGGAAGACAACUAGACAGUGGGUAUCCUGAGAGGGAAAAGACUGGGUCAAUUAUUUUAAUAUGACCAUUUUAUACCUUUCAAACCCCUUCCAUAGAGACCACAAAGAUUAAUUAUUAAAUGAAUUGUUGUUUA